UCGGGCCACAGCAAGGUCUCCCGUCCAUGCAUCGGGUCCGAGGUCCGAGGCAGAGCGAAAGAGGUGGCAGUGAGGAUCGUGACGCGGUCUGAUUAGGUGUGUUCUGAUAGAGGGAAAUUCGCUGAGGUUACCUGGAAGAGAGAACAGAGAUGAAAUUCGCGGCGUUAGGAGCGGUGGCUGCGGCCCUGGUGGGGCUCGCCCAGCCUCAGUGUUUCACCGACAACGACAACUUCCUCAUCAAAGUCAACACCGACCUAUCCGGCGUCACCGACUUCGGCUUCGACCUCUACAGACGACUCGACUCCCCAAGCUCCCCCAAGAACUUCUUCUUCUCGCCCUUCAGCAUCUGGUCGGCGUUCAUCCUCGCCUACCUCGGCUCGGCGGGAGAGACAGAGGCGCAGCUGCAGAGGGCCCUGAGAGUCGAUGGCAAGGUCGAAACGUUCAAGAUCUGGCGAGCGCUGGAGGCCAUGUACCAGACCAGCAACAAUGACUAUACUUUCAACAUUGCAAACCGAGCUUAUAUUGACAAUGUGUUGCCGAUCCGCCCCUGCAUUCUUGAAAUGCUGAGCAAUGAAUUCGAGAGGAUCAACUUCAGAGAUGUUUUCAGCGCGGUCAACAGAAUUAACAACUUCGCCUCGACAAAUACCAAGGGCAAGAUAAACGAACUGGUCACAGUCGAAAACAUCGAGGGCAUCCACAUGGCCAUCGUCAACGCCGCCUACUUCAAGGGCACGUGGCAGUUCCAGUUCAAGCCGACGAGCACCGUCUCCGAGAGGUUCUUCGUCACGCCCCAGAACCACCAGAUGGUUCCCAUGAUGAACCAGAUCUCCGCCUUUAGGUUUGGUGAGUUUGACCAGGUCGCCGCUAGCGUUCUUGAGCUCCCCUACACAGGCGAGAGAGUCUCCAUGUUCCUCUUCCUGCCUGCUCAGGAGGGACCACAAGGCUUCGCUAACAUGGUCACUAGACUGAGCGGGAACAACUUGCGGGCGGCCACACACAAGAAAAAUCUCAGGAAGCAAGAUGUCGAACUCAAGCUGCCCAAGUUUAGAAUGGAAUUGAAACUAGCGGACGAGAUGAUUCCGGCUCUCAAGGACAUGGGGAUCGUGGAUAUCUUCAACAGCGAAAAGGUAGACCUCUCCACCCUCGGCAACUUAAGGAACCUCACCCUGGAAAAGGUCAUCCACAAAGCUUUCGUCGAAGUCAAUGAGGAAGGCACCGAGGCCGCCGCAGCUACUGUUCUUACCUUCACAUUGAGAGCCAGUAGAAGAGACCCUGUCGUGCCAUUCCACUGUAACCGGCCAUUCCUCUUCCUCAUCCGCGACAACGAGACUAACAAUAAUCUCUUUAUGGGAGUUUAUAGGUCUCCCGACACCGCCAGAAGUUAGAUUGCUUGAGUGAAGGUCGAAAGAAAACGCUGAGGUUGGUGUUCGAGAAAGAGGAGACCAUGCUUGCCGAGAAAAGGACGAAAUUAAGUACGGCAGCAACGGACACGUAUGCUCGAGAAUAAUAUCUACAAAUGUUGAUCCUCUAAUAUGAUCAUUCUGAUGUUGCUACAUCCCGUAUCCUUCUCCUUCAGACUGCGCUCUUAAAUCUCAUGAAAGUUUACACUUUGAUGACUAGGAAAAAAUAUAAUUUAAUCAUCGCAAGUUUUCAAAAGAAUAGACACACAAUUUUCUUGACUGCAAUUAUAGUAUGGAGAAGAUUUUGAAGAAAAAAUACACAAGGAAAGACAUUGUAACUGUAAUAAUAAAUUAUUAGUCUUAAUAAUC